AUGAUUUCGCAGAUGCUGCGACGGUCACGUGAGGCGUCUGGCCACAACGACUCGCACUUUGAGGUCGCGUCGUCCGCCAGUGGCGAGUCGCCGCUCGAGGUGCUGAGCAGCGCUGCCGGCACCAUCAACAGCGUCGCCCGGCAGGCCAUGGCCGACGACCAGCUCCGGCGCAAGCACUCCACCCGCACCCGUCAUCCGUCAGCACACAGCGAAAUGUUCGAUGACUCGGUUGCCGGUGACCAGCAUGGAUACGCCAACGGUGGAACUCCGCCACCGGCAAAGCGCCGCGGCCGCCCGCCACGCGACUAUGGCGAUGAGCUGGGCCAGGCCUUUGCCAUGUUUGCUGCCGACAACUUCAACGAGUGCGAGCGCACCGUGAUGGCGUCGCAAGGCGGCAUGGACUCCAACUCGCGCCAAGCCAAGAUGAACGUGCUGCGCGUCGUUUGGGACAGGUGGUGGUCGACGUCGCAAAUGAUCAAGGACCGGUACCUUACCAGAUCUCAGCACGAGAUGCUCUCCAACGAGGUUGGCAUGUUGGAGCUGAUGAUCCAGUACCCGCUGCCGCCCGAGGCCGAGAGCACCCAGCGCCACUCAACGCCAGACCCCAUCACACCCCUCGAGAUGUUCAUCCGCGAGCAGCGCCCGCUGCUGCGUGAGAAAGUGCCCGACUGGAGUGAUGCCGAGAUUCGCCGCCGCCUCGAGGUGAACUGGAACAACAUGUCGGACCACGAGCGCGACAAGUAUGCGAUCCCAGGCGCCUCUGUCACGCUGCGGUCCCAGCACCCUGCCGGCGUUGCCACAGUACAGAGCAUGGCCAGCACUGUAUCGCCGAAUAAGGCGGGCCGUUUGCAGAGCGCGCCACGCCGCGCCUACGUUAUGUUCUGCCGCCAGGAGCGGCCCCUGGUUGUCAAUGCGAACCAGGACUGGGAUCUGCCGGCUGUCAACAAGGAGCUCGGCCGCAAAUGGAAGGAGCUGACAGCCGAGCAGCGCCAGGUGUUCUUUGACAUGGAGCGGCGCGAGGCUGAGCAGCGCAGCGGCAGCACGCUGGCCCCCGCCUACGUCUCCCACUCAUCCUCGCAUGGGCACGUGCAGAUGCCGGCCAUGCAGGCUGGCCGCAUCCCGGGCACCGGUACCUUCACUGUGCGCAACAACGGCCGUGCACCCACGCCUGGCCACACCAACCCAAACAAGGGCCCGUCCAAGGCGUAUGUGUGCUAUUCGCGUGUCACUCGCAAGGCAAUUGUCGCCAAGCACCCCGACUGGGACUUGGCUGCUGUCAACCGCGAGCUCGGCCGUCUGUGGAAGCUGAUGUCGACCGACGACAGGCUGCAGUGGGAGAACUACGAUCCAGAGGGCCCGAAGCCCGAGAUCCCUGCCAUUACUCCCGAAAGCGCUGUCCCGUCGCCCACCACGCCGGUCGCCCCGCACGCUGUUGCUCCGCCCCCAGCCACCACGUCCCAGCCGCAGCAGUCGCUGCCUGUGACACCAGCGUCUGGCACCGCGACGCCCGCCAGCAACGCCGAUGCUGCUGCACGCCACCACGACUAUGACGGCGAAGGCGAGGUCGAGGAUGUUGAUCUGCAGGAUGACGAGGAAACCGAGGAUGAAGGCGCUCACAGCCACAUCAACGAGCACACGAACGGCCAGACUCCUGCCGCCAUUGCGCUGCCCCAAAAGACCGCUUCUGUUGGCCCCCCGCCCACUGCCAAGCCCGCAGUCGUCGCCCCAACCGCACCUGCAUCGACCAUGUCCGUCCCCGAAGUGAACGGCGGGUACGCGCCCCGUCCAAAUGCUGGCAUGUAA